AUGUCCGUCUGGCUAUCUAACGUCCAGCAAGCCGCCCGCCGUGCUUUGGUGUGGUCACCAGUUGUUGCUCCGCCGUACGUCCGGCAUUCUGCGGCCUUUGUUUUUUUUUGCUCUGUGAGCGACCGUGUCGGUUUGCGUGCGCCGCAUUUUACGGAUCCUGAGUCUCGUGGUACUCAGACUGAAGAGCCUCCUUUCGAAUUGCGAACUGUGUUCGUUGUGCCACCUGCUUUCGGUCAGUUUUUGGCAACGGGAGAUUCGUACCAGACGAUAGCCUUUAGUUUUAUAUUAAGUCAUUCAACUGUGCAAGGAACUAGUCCCCAAAAAGAAGAUUGGGAGCGAAUGGCAAAUGAAUUCUGGGAAAUUUGGAAUUUUCCCAAUUGUAUUGGGGUUUUGGACGGAAAACACGUGAUUGAAGCCCCAGCAAACACUGGCUCAUUAUACUUCAAUUAUAAAAAAACUUUUUCAAUUGUUCUUUUAGCAUUAGUUGACGCUCAAUAUAAAUUUACCGUUGUGGAUAUUGGUGUGUUUGGAAAGAAUAGUGAUGGAGGUAUUUUAUCACAUUCAAAUUUUGGAAAAGCACUUGAAAAAAAUAAACUUAACAUUCCAAAUGAUAGAGCAUUACCGAAUACGAAUAUUAAAUUACCAUACGUAAUUAUAGGUGACGAAGCUUUUCUAUUAAAGACUUAUUUACUGAGACCAUAUUUAGGACGUCAAAAGUACAACGAUUUAGAAAAAAAAAUAUUUAAUGAACGACUAUCAAGAGCCAGAAAAGUAGUUGAAGACGCCGUUAGUGAAGUAGCUGAUACAACAUCGUUAAGUAAUUUUUCGUCGUUUCCAAGACAAGGAAGUAGUGCACAAAUGCAAGCGUUUCAAAAUCGAGAUCAGUUUAAGGACUUUUUUAACUCGCCGGCAGGCAAAUUACCGUGGGAGUAA